GACCGGCGGCGGAUAGAUAUAAAGCCCGCGACAGGCCCGGCACGCCGCUUUCCUCCUCACCCUUUUUCCUUUCGUUUUACGAGAUCCGAUUCGAAAAAAUGUCUGGUGCCCCUGUCAAGAAGAAGACCAAGACUCCCGCCGAGUUCGCCACCGAUUUCCUCCUCGGUGGUGUUGCCGCCGCUGUCUCCAAGACCAUUGCUGCUCCCAUCGAGCGUGUCAAGCUCCUCAUCCAGAACCAAGAUGAGAUGAUCAAGAGCGGCCGUCUUGCUACUCCUUACAAGGGCAUCGUCGACUGCUUCGGUCGUGUCAUCAAGGAGGAGGGUGCCGGCUCCCUGUGGCGUGGUAACCUUGCCAACGUCAUCCGCUACUUCCCCACCCAGGCCUUGAACUUUGCUUUCAAGGAUUACUUCAAGCAGCUCUUCGGCCAGAAGAAGGAGAACUACGCCGCCUUCGUUGCCGGCAACAUCGCCGCCGGUUCCGCCGCCGGUGCCCUCUCUCUCUCGGUUGUCUACUCCCUGGACUUUGCCCGUACCCGUCUUGCCAACGACAACAAGUCUGCCAAGAAGGGCGGUGCUCGUCAGUACGCUGGCCUCGUUGAUGUCUACAAGCAAACCAUUGCCACCGAUGGUGUUGCUGGUCUCUACCGUGGUUUCGGCAUUUCCCUCGUUGGUAUCAUCAUCUACCGUGGUCUCUACUUCGGCAUGUACGACUCGAUCAAGCCCCUGGUCCUCACUGGCGAUAUGAAGAACUCUUUCCUCGGCUCCUUCAUCCUCGGUUUCGGUGUUACCAACGUUGCCUCCCUGCUCGCCUACCCCGUUGACACUAUCCGCCGUCGUAUGAUGAUGACUGCUGGUACCGGAACCAAGUACAGAUCCGCCCUGGACUGCGCUGGCCAGAUCCUCAAGAACGAGGGCUUCUCGUCCUUCUUCAAGGGUGCUGGUGCCAACAUCCUCCGUGCCAUCGCCGGUGCCGGUGCCAUCUCUGGCUACGAUCAGCUCCAGCUCAUCAUGUUCGGCAAGGCCUACUCCGGCGGCUCCGGUUAAAUUGCCUCCUCCUGGUUGUCAAUAGAUCUGGUCUCUCUGGUGUUUUGGGUUUGCGGCCACUCGGCCGAAGUGCAAAUAUAGUUCAUUCUCAUAGCCA